GCUAUCUGUCCACCUGGUUCCGUUACUCUCGAUGAAGAUUUCUCCCUGAGAGACAAGAUGAUGCUCUCUGUACUGACCUUUCUUGCUGCCACGCUCAGCGUAUCGUACGCUCUUCGUUUUGAUGGACCUCAACCUACAGACCAUGCUGCCUUCGAUCUUCGUGGCUGGUCUCCUCGUCCGACAUCAGGCUUAGAUCAACAGCUCUUUCGACGCGAACAUCAGAAGAGAGAUGUCGCGGGAAGCACUAUCUGUGCAUAUUACAAUAAUGCGCCUUAUCUGACUUGUGAUGGGGGUCAAGUCUGUGCCUACGACGCGGAUGAUUACUACAUGGGUUGCUGCUCAACGGACUCCCAAGGUUCGCUAGUCAGUGACUGUGCGCCUGCGACCAGCUGUAUCGAUUCAUCUCAAACUUCUACUCAAUGCGGGACGACAGCCGACGGGUGCUAUGUCACUGACUGGUAUGUACCUUCACAUGCUACCCCUGGGAACAUAGCUGGCCCAAGAUAAUCGCUGGCGCUGACAAUGAAUGGUAGUGGAGCUUCCCAACUCGAUUGUGCGACUAUCAUGGGCCUAUAUGGGACGCUCACAUACACCUCCCUCACCUGCGAUAUUUCCAGCUACAACAUGACUCUCACACUUAAUGUUCAGUCAACGGAAGCAGCAACGACAGCAGCAGCAGCUACAACAACAGCAGCAGCAACGACAUCUUCUGACAGUAGCACCUCGCCGUCCACAAGCACAUCUGCGACAUCAGCAGCCACGUCCACGACGUCGGAAAGCCCUACAGCUGCCGCGGCGCAGUCGACGUCCACGACUAGUGCUACGCAUGCCCCCAGUCAUACAGGUGCUAUCGUUGGUGGUACUGUAGGCGGUGUAGCCGGCUUGCUUGUUCUUGCCGGGAUAAUUGGCUUCAUUAUCCAUAGGAUUCGCG